AGGUUCGGCAUACACCCCGUCGCGGGGCGGAUGCCCGGGCAGCUGAACGUGCUCCUGGCGGAGGCAGGGGUGCCGUACGACGUCGUCGAGGAGCUCGACGAGAUCAACGACGACUUCAAGGAGACGGACCUGGCGAUCGUCAUCGGUUCGAACGACUGCGUCAACUCCGCGGCGGAGGACGACGAGAACUCCGCCAUCUACGGCAUGCCGGUCCUAAAGGUCUGGGAUGCCAAGGAUUGCGUCGUCAUCAAGCGGUCCAUGGCAACAGGAUACGCCGGGCUGGACAACCCCGUAUUUUACAAGAAAAACACGGAGAUGCUCCUGGGAGAUGCCAGGGACAUGGCGGAUGACCUGCUCUCCAAGGUCACGGAGCAGACGCGCUGAGCGAGCGGUACAUCCCGUGUCACGACGCGGGACGGUGUGAAGUACGGAUGGAAUCCUGACAAUGGCACGGGAUGGAAUGUGAAAUACGGGUAGAAUCCUGACAAUGGGACAACGAACGAAAACUCAGGGUCCCGCCGCGGCUUACCUUUGCUACGGCAACACUUCGGACAAACGGCGUGCAUGUAUCUAUCUCCCCGAGACGUCGGCAAGGCCGAACAGCAAGCAGAGUUCGGAGUGUUUGGGAAGGGUGACGCUGGCAGGAUGGGUUUGGUCGUCUCUGGCUUGUGUUGCCCGUCUUCAAGAGUGCUCCCCCGGCUGUUGCCAGGCUGCUUCCUCGCCUCAGCUGUAACGCCGCGCUCCGUUGAGAGCCCCGUUCGCAGGCCAGACCGACCAUCCGAAGAGGAGCGGCGGGGGGUCUGCGAUUGUUGAUGUCUGAAAAGGGAGGUGUGAGAUGUGUGAACACCGGAUGGUGCGUUGGUUGUAUGAGGUGUAUCACAGGCUAGUGAAUGGUGAGUUGAGGUGUAUCACAGGCUAGUAAAUGGUGAGUUGGUCGCGCCCAAGGCAAGCGGGUGCCCGCUCAGGCGAAGUACUGUGCGCAACUCCAACUGGAAUUUUCUAGUCGUAUCUUUUUUAUCUUUCAACGCGCGCGCGCGUGCGUGUAGGAGUACAAUGAUAUGCAUGCCAGGAAGUGUCGUCUUUGUAUUGGUUUGGCGGGAGAACGAAAAGCCAAAGCGGGAGAGGAAAGGCAGACCGUGAUUCUUAUCGUUGUGUGAAGCGUUGUUCAGGAACGGGGUGAGGGUACCGGGGAGGCGCUUGGAUACACGAGUGCGUGCACAACGUUUGUCGAACAUCGCCAACAGGCCUUCUGCCCGUCCAUUUUUGUAGUGGUACCAGCGCGGCAGAUUUAGGAGGGAAACGAACGCUGGAAAAGAUUUGCGUGGUCUUGUCAAUAUACAGUAGUAGGUUAGUAGUAACAAAUGUCUGCUUUUUUAUCCCUAUCUAUGUCUCUUUCUUCCGAAGAGGUGAUGUCUAGCAGAACGAUUUCUUUUGUCGUGCAGUUUUUGCCACAUGUUUUGCUACGUGCAAGACUGCAGGGUACUGCAGGGUUUUUGUAGGAUGAGCUUGUAUACGUGGAUGCUGUUUCCCCAUUUCACUACACAGCGGUGACAGAGAGCUUGAGCGUGUUUGUACCAAACAAAAGUGAGUUGCAUGAUGGAGGGAGGGGACACACGCCACCUACAACGGCGGGUUGUUGCAUUUUAAGAACAAAUUCGAGGGGAGUGAGGCACCCCCCUUCGUCCGUUGGAAUCU